AUGCGCUUCUCUCCGAAAGUUGCCACCGCUGCUUUGAUCGGCGGCUUUCUGGCGGGGGAAGCCCUGGCCGGUUGGAAUACCACCGCCAGCGAACGUAUCAGCGCCAGGGCUCGGGUCAAGAAACCGACUGCCUGCCCGGCAUCUUGUGCGAGCUAUGAUCCGUCCGACUGGUUUGUCUACCCGAGUGUCGACCGGGUGGCGCAGUGCAAUGAGACCAUGUUGCUGGACUUCAACAUCUUCAAUGCUCUGAACAACAGCCAAGCCCAUUCCACUAUACAUACCUGUACCGCCACAGACCUGGACCAGUUGACGGCGUCCGCGAGUAAUCAAACUGGGCAAGCCACGAAGACGGAUGUCACUUACCAGAUCGGUGCGUGGAAUGGAACUGCUGCAUUAUCCAAGAACCAAUACACGCAGACCCUUCUUGAGAACAUCCGCUCCUACCUCGCUGCGAAUACUCAGAAGUCUGAAAUCUUUGGUUACUCCAACCAGGCCUCAGCGGGCGUGUACAUCGGUGGCAGCCUUCAGGAGGUUGCCAACAUCGACUUCGCCCUGGAGCAGAUGAUCAGUUUCAGUCAAAGGACGACCUUUGACAGCAAUGUGCUCCAAUAUUGUGGAGCGGAUUCCAAUCACACCUUGGGUGUAGCUCUUGAUCUGAGCGGCGACAUUGCAGCUGUAAAACAAUACGUCCAAGCCUGGAGCAAUGCUGAAUGUGUGUCUGGGUUUGACAAGACCAUGUCUGCCACGACCUCUCUCUGGACCCGGGACAACGCGCCCACCAAUAUGGUUUCGACAACCAAUAACACCAUAUCCAGGCGCUCCUCUGGACAUUCCAGGUCUCACUCUGGUCACAGCCACAGCCACAGCCAUCAACGUCGGACCACUUGCUCGUACGUUGAGGUGGUCUCUGGGGAUUCCUGCUCCAGCUUGGUGACUGAGUGCGGGAUCACGGCAGCGGAAUUCUACGAGUACAAUCCCUCCUCGGACCUUUGUUCCACGCUCGCAGUCGGCCAGCACGUCUGCUGUUCUUCCGGCUCGCUCCCAGACUUUUCGCCCUCGGCGUAUUCAAACGGCACUUGUUAUACGUACGUCGUCGAGUCGGGAGACAGUUGCUCUGCACUGGCGGGUACGUACAGUCUGACUGUGGAUGAGAUCGAUUCCUACAACAAUGAGACCUGGGGCUGGUACGGGUGCGACGAUCUGCAGGCGGGCCAAGCUAUCUGCCUCUCCACGGGCACCCCCCCCUACCCAGUGGCCAUUGCCAAUGCCCAAUGUGGACCUCAGGUCCCAGGGACCAACUUUACUGGCACCGACGGACCUAAUGACUGGGCAGCUCUCAAUCCAUGUCCGCUCAACGCCUGUUGCGAUGUUUGGGGUCAGUGUGGCACCACCCCUCUCUAUUGUGACGACGCGCGGGCUUCAACCGGGGCACCGGGAACUGCGGCCAAAGGCUCGGACGGGUGUAUUUCCAACUGUGGAACAAGUAUCACAAACUGGGUGGAGUCUCCGUCGCAAUACGCCGUUGUCGGAUACUAUGAGGCCAGCGCUAUGAACCGAACCUGUUUGCGGAUGGACGCCUCUUCGAUCAACACAUCCAAAUACACCCAUGUCAACUUCGGUUUUGGAAACAUUGCCUCCGACUUCUCCAUUAACAUGGACGGAAUGGAGGAAGAGUACGAGCACUUCGUCGCUCUAGAAAAUGUAUACCGCAUCGUUUCCUUUGGUGGUUGGGACUUCUCCACGGAUGCUGACACGUACAUGAUCUUCCGAGAAGGUGUCGCAGCCGCCAACCGCGCUACCUUAGUGCAGAACGUCGUCGAUUUCGUCAUUGGCGAGGGCUUGGAUGGUGUCGACUUUGACUGGGAGUAUCCUGGAGAGCCUGACAUUCCCGGUAUUCCAGCUGGCAGCGAUGACGAAGGCGAGGAAUACCUUGAGUUCCUGACUAGCCUGCGGACCGCCAUGCCCGACGAUAUCAUCAUUUCGGUGACUGCCCCGUCCUCCUAUUGGUACCUAAAGGCCUUCCCAAUUCAGGAGAUUGCCGAGGUGGUGACCUAUAUCAACUACAUGACUUAUGAUAUGCAUGGAGUGUGGGAUCUGGGCAGUAAAUGGUCCCAAUGGGGCUGUACCGCUGGAGACUGCCUCUUCUCGCAUGUCAACAUGACGGAAACCAUGUGGGCACUGGCGAUGAUGACCAAGGCUGGUGUGGCCACUAACCAGGUCAUGGUGGGAGUGACCAGCUACGGUCGAUCCUUCCAAAUGACCACUCCGGGCUGUAUCUCAUCGUCCUGUACUUGGGAUGCUGCCGGGGCUGCCGGACCGUGCACUGUGACUGCUGGUUACAUCUCCAACGCAGAGCUGGAUGACAUCUUGGCUGACGACUCCACGGCACAGCUGUACUCCACCAACGUCACGGACAUUCUCGUCUACAAUGAGACGCAGUGGGUCGGCUACAUGACCAAUACAACCCGGGCUAGCCGCAAGGCCUACUAUGAGACCUGGAACUUUGCCGGCACAGCCGAAUGGGCCAUUGAUCUGGAGCCCAACGACGGGCAUUCCGAGGAUGGCGAGGGAGAAGGGGGGCAGACUCUCACAAUCGAUCCUGAGAUUUGGACCGAAGCCACUCCGGCCGUGACUUGCUCGCCGCCUUGUUACAUGAUCAUGCCACCUCUUCCCCUUGCCACGACGACCACGAUCGAUUUCCCGGACUUGGACACACAUGUGACAUGGAGAGCCACGGCUACCGAGACGACAACAUUCAGCGAUGGCAGUGUUCUGACAUACUCCUCGUUCGAGAGCUAUACUGUUCCCACGCGUGUGACGAUCUCUCCGGUCACGACCGAUUAUAUCAACGUGUGGAAUCAGCAGAUCACCUCGGGCCAGACCACUGUCCAUCAGACCAGCUCGGUUCAGCCUUCUCCAUUCGCUGUGACCUUCACCCCAACUGUUGGUGGAAAUACCACCGUGUUGGACGGCACCACCAGCACCAUUCCCGGGUUUACGUUUUCCUCGGGCAACUUGACCUAUGUCAGCACCUCGUGGAUAGGGAUCUUUGGAGGUACGACGUCCGUGAUUAAUGGAACCGUCCUGUCUCCAUCCACCACGACGAUAGUUCCUCACCCCUACCCGACUACGACGGGGAGCCCCGAUCCCGUACUGAACACUCGCGCCACAAAGGUGGAAACCGGGUCGUCUUCCGGGCCGACUUGCUCCUCGUCUAGUGAGCAUUGCGGUACUCAUUGUGCCGCAUUCUGUGUUGGAGGCUGUCCAUUGUGCCCUCCGGGCUUUGGCGAGGAUGUGUCUGGCGGUGGUGGCGGUGGUGGAGGCAGUGGAGGGGACGAUGGCGAUAGCGAAUCUUCCACAUCCACCAGCAGUGGCAGCGAAACCACUAUCACUGUCACCCUCGGAGGUGCUGCCACGACGGACUAUCCCGAAUUCGCCUUCCCAACCAGUGAUAGCAUCGCGAGCUUGGACUCCAUCUCGAGCCUCCUCAGCUCCAGGUGGCUGUCGAUGUAUGGCAGCGGAAGUGCCAGCGCUGGGGCCACCGCGACGAGUACCGGGGCCACCGCGACGGCCACUUCAACAAGUCCUCUGUGCGUGGCUGAGCAGGACCCGGACAGCGGCUCAGAUGGCACAUACUGCUCCUGCAGUGGGUCGGACCAGACAUUCCCCACAAUCACUGGAUCCAACCCCUGUGGCUACACCACCCUUCCCACCGCCACAGCCACGACCACCACUUCUGACGCGUAUCCGUACACCUUCACCGAUCCCUAUGGUGAUACAAUCGCCUGUGCCACGGAAGGCUUCGUGGCCGUCGAGGGCUCCUCAGUUGCAUACUGCAGCGGAUCGCGCAUCACCCUCUCCAUCAACCCCACUGGAAACCCCUACCCGUACACCUUCAGCGACGGAGCGGGCGAUGUCAUCGCCUGCGCCACGGAAGGCUUCGGGGAGGUCGACGGCGUAACCAUCUCCUAUUGCAGCGGAUCUAGCACCACCAUCUCCACCGCUCCCGCGGCCACCUCAACCGGGGCCUACCCCUGGGCACUGUGGGACUGGAUCGAAUACGAGGACGUCUGCACGGAGGCGAGCUGCAUCGGCGAAGAUGAGGGCGGGAUACUCGUAGCGAUGCUGAGCGAGCGCAAGGAGAUCUGCUCGAGCGAGUACCGGAACGUCGUCGAGAAUGCCGAGAACGGCAUGGGAAUCGACGGCCUGGUCAAAAGCAUGCGCUUCCCCGACGGCAUCUGCGGCGGCGGCGUGACAUACUGGUGCAACGAGACCUCGUCGGACUCGGGCAUCUGGGACUGUGCCGAUGCCAGUGGACGCAAUACCGGGCGGUGCGUCAAGUAUGAUUACACCCUGCUUACUAUCGAGGAGGAGAUAUGCCAUAAGUCCAGCGGCGAUAAUGCGUACAUUAUGAAGGCGAAUUGCACGGGGCCGUGGGAUUGUACGGUUGCCUGA